UUUGUUCAAUCAGAAAAGGCGAAUCUUCUUGGUCAAUCUUUACUUGUUUUUGUUCACUGUAAUCAGCUUUAUUAUUAUAAUUAUUAGGUAAGUAAUUACAUUUUUUCAAUAUUUGAUGUGUUAAUUAGUGCGAAUUGUUCGAGGAAUCAAGUAAAACCAAAAAUUUUUUUAUUUGAAAGAACAGAUUAUAAUGGACAGAGUUAAUUAUCGAAGACUUCACGAUGAAUUGGUUGGUGUUCAAUCAGAUGCAUUCAAACAUUACUUUGAGCAAACUUCAAAAAUUGGAUGUAAUCUAUACCGGUGCUCAAUGUCUAUUUGUUAUGGUGACCAAACUUUUGAAGCAGUUGGAUUUGGAACCGUUUUUAUCAUUGCAAUGGAAGAAGCUUCUUCGUCGUUAAUUGAUAAAUUACAAGCUCAAAACUUGCUGGGGAGAAAUUUAGUCAAUCAUCAUCAACAACAACUUGAGGAAGAAAAGAAGAAAAAUUAUGAGUUGAAUGGGCAGUUGAUGGAAGCCCGAGAAAGGAUCGAGACUCUAGAGCAAAAAGUGACAGAGCUUGAAAAAUGUGAAAAAGCUAUACUAGAUGAUGUAUUGACAGCCAUGUCAGGAAGUAAUCCCUUGUUGGUCAAUGGUUUGCUGAUCCAGGAAAAUGGACAAUCUAGACGAGAAAAGAUCAUUAAAGAGCUGAAAAGAUUCUCUAAAAGUUCCCAAGAAGAGAAGUUGCUUCUUCAACAGGUAUACAGUGAAAAAGAAAAGUUGAUCAAUACUAAAGAGAAUGAGAUAAAACUUCUAAAAGCUGAUUUAGCCAAAGGUAAUGAAAUCAUCAAAAAGCUCCACGAACAACUGAAGAGUGCCAGUUAUAAAGUGAGCAUCCUUGGUGAAGUAGCUACUAAACAGGAUGAAGUUGUUGAGUCGAAAGAUGCGAAAAUAAAAAAAAUGGAGAGUGAUUUGAAGAUUUGUAUUGAGAAAUUGAGGAAGAGAGAAAGCGAGAUUGAUAGUUUGAAAGAUGAAGUGAAGGUUCUACGUUCCCGAUAUGAAUCGAGCAAAGAGCAAAUAAAAACAAAUGAAAAUGUGAUUACCUGGUUGAAUAAACAGUUAGCUGAUUUGCGGGUAGAAGACGGUAAAGCAAAAGCAGACGAAAAUGGUACUCGGCGCCGUACAUUUGGUACAGUAAAUCCAGUUAAAGAAUCAACAACUACCAAAGGCAAAGUGAUUAUCCCAGAGCUGCCCAGAAUCAACUUGGUGAGUCAAAUUGAAUCGGAAAAUUUAAAUACUCACAAACCGAGUACCUCAAGAUACAAGCCAAUCUAACAGUUUCUUCAGCAAACUAAAUUGUGCUAACCUAAGUCAAUACAUAAUGCAGCACUGGGCUGCGCGCUGUGGUUCUCCCCAGUAAUCAAUUAUCAAACUGGUUACUCCGAUUCUCUGGAACACGAAUUAUCCAGGAAAAAUAUUGAUCAAAUCUCUGGAAUUCGCUCCGUGAUGCUGUUACCAAAAGUUGUGUUGUCUUUUAUUACAGUCGACAUCCAGCAAAAAAGCAUUUACGGAUAUACAUUAAUUCAUGUCAAUUAAUCAAUAUACAUUACUACGAAAUAAAGGAAAUAAAGUAUUUGGAAUGAA